ACAGCCACAACGGCCAGGUGCAGGGAAUCGAGUUCGGCUAUUCUUCGCCACUCGCGUCUUCUCACGGAAGCGCUGCGCAUUGAGCGUUCAACGUCGCGGACUCGCGCCAGCCCUUCGUAUCGACUAUCGACAAUCAUUAGCGACGCCGACGCCAUACGAUUUCAGCUUAGUCGCGUCCCUGCUCCAGGUUAUCAGCAAUCACCAUCCUUGAUUCCUCCCUAUUAAGAUGUCGUCGUCUCCCAAAAAACCUCCUGGAGGCACCAAUCGCUCGACCAACCCAUCGCAGAAGGCCACAUCUUCAUCCGCAACGCAAUCGCCGGGAACGCCCAAGACCUCCUCCUCGAACAAGACGACCUCCAGCAAGUCCGGCUCCUCGCAAAUGGCCCCGAGCGCGAGCGGAGUUUCUCGAACCAAGUCCACGAAAGGAGCCAACGGCUCGCCUUUGUCGGCGCGCGCCUCAGUGAAGAAGCCGGGAAGCGGCGCCGGUUCAAGCAAGGGUGAUGGCGCACCGGCAGACAAUGCGGAGGAGGAUUCGAAACUGGCGUUGAUUGAAGAUCUGAAGGAACGGCUCCAGCACGGUGAGUCCGUCACGGAAGAGCUGCAGAAGCAGGUGGAGGUCCUUCAAGCCCGACUGGACGAAUCGAUCCGCGACCAAAGCAAGCUGGAGGAGCGAGCGCAUGAAGAGGAAGAGCGCAACGAAGGACUCGAGAAUGACCGGAAAGAGUUGGUCAGACAACGGAGGGAGCUGGACAGUAUAUAUGAAGCGGAACGUGCUUCGAUGAUGAAAGAGAAGGAAGAGGCACAAUCAAAGGAAGAUGAGAUGCACGAGACUAUCCAGAGACUCAAAGACGCUCUUAGUCAACGAGAUCUCAAGCCACCCACCGACGAGGGCGGGAGAAUCUCUCGAACAGCAAGCUUCCAGAGUUCCGCAUCGGGAGGCGCAGAUAGCAAUCAGUUCGCUCCUUCGGCCUCGCUUCAACGGAGCAAUUCUCGCAACAACUCCAAGAUUCUACUCCAAAAAGACAAGGUAAUUGAGUCCCUUCGUCUAGAAUUGGCCGAAGUACAGAUCAAACUUGUCGAGAUGGAGAACAUGGGUGGCGGCAGACUGCAGGACUUGGAAAAGUCUCUGCUUGAAGCCCGUAUGACCAACGCUCGAUUGAUGGAGGAUAACGAAAGCUUCCAGCUCCUCCUCAGCGAAAAGACCCUCAACGGCGACUUUGCAAAGGGGGACUUCAUGCGCGCCGACGAAGAUGAGGACGUCGAGUCCGACAAGCGACGCUUGGAAUCCGAGAUCCAGGCGCUCAAGGAGCAAAACAAAGCGCUUACGCUGUACAUCAACAAGAUCAUCGACCGUGUCCUUCAGCACCAAGGCUAUGAGGCCAUCCUCAGCAAUGCCGCCGAUCCCCCAGAAUUCUCCUCUCCCAACAUCGAUAAAGACCUUCCCCCUCCACCCCCAGCCAAAGAUGCUGGCGGUCCUUCCCUCCUCCAGCGAGCCAAGUCGGUCGCAAUGGGCGCCACCGCCGCCCGCCCCCGUCCCCGUCCCGUCUCCUACAUGCCUCCGGCCGAAAACAGCAUCAACUCCGACCCGACCACCGCACCCAGCAUCCCACUCGGCCGCACCAAGACCAACCGCGUCAGUUCCGCUGACCAAGCAUCCCUAUCCUCGCGCCGCAACACUGUCGAUUUCAGCAACCCCUCCGCGGCAUCCGUCGUCCACAACAUGUUCCGCGCCUCUUCCCCCGAUGCUACCCCGGGCAGCCCCGCCGCGCUCGCCUCCCCCCGCAACUCCUUCUUCGCCCCGCCCGUCAACCAGAACUACAACGCUGCCGCUGCCGCGCGCCUCCCAUCGGGCGCGCAGCGUGCCUCGUCCACGGACCGCAGCACCGGCGAGGUGGACACGCGCCCGUCGUCCAGCGAGAGCGGGCCGAGCGCCGAGCCGCCGAGCCCGCCACGGAGCGUGGGGCCGCCCGAGCGCACGAUGACGGGGAAGGGGAUCAAGCCGUUGCGGCUAGUGCGGGAGAACGCGGAGGCAGAGGAGGCGGCGCGGAAGGCGGCGAAUCGGGGGAGCUGGAUGAAUAUGGGGUGGUUUCAGCGGGGGCAGGGGCAGGGGCCGAGUGAGCAGUGAAUGAGGGAUGACGAUAUGCCCGGGCACGGGGCGUUAGUGGAGAUCUCUCGCUGUGCGUGAGCGCUCCUAUGGGCGUGCCGUGGUUGGGUGGAUUUUCAUGGCGUGAAUGUUUGGAGUUUUCGGUAUAUGAUACCAGGGAUGGCUCGCCGCAGGAUGAUUUCGGCGAUGGCUUGUCACAUUACGGGAUUCGACAGGCUCGAAGGGCGAUUGAUGGGAC